AUGAAGACUGCCUACACUAACGCCUAUAGAUGCCUGGCCAAGGACCUGGACGCUUACGCCAUGAACACGGACAUGACAAUGGACGGCAUUGGCAGCCUGCAUGGCGGGGUGGCGGUGGGCUCCGUGGUCCCUGAUGCGGAGCUUAUGAGCGGCCAGAGCCCGCAUCACGGCCGCGGGAGCUCGUCGGGGGGACACGGGGCGGCGGCGGCAGCGGCGGCGGCGGCGGCGUCCACCCUGCGGAUACACCAGGACCUGGCCGCCGCCGCCGCGUCAUCCCGCUCCGCCAUGGUGACCGGCAUGGCCACGAUCCUGGACGGCAGCGGGGAGUACCGACCGGAGCUGUCCCUGCCGCUGCAUCACGCCAUGAGCGUGCCCUGCGACACGUCCUCUCCCGGGAUGGGGAUGAGCGGCACCUACACCACCUUAACCCCGCUGCAGCCGCUGCCCCCCAUCUCCACCGUGUCGGACAAGUUUCACCACCACCACCACCAUCACCACCACCACCAGCGGCUGUCCGGGAACGUGAGCGGGAGCUUCACCCUAAUGCGGGACGAGCGGGGGCUACCGGGCAUGAACAACCUGUACAGCCCCUAUCACAAGGACCACAUGUCCGGGAUGGGUCAGAGCCUGUCCCCGGUGCUGGGCAACGGCCUGGGCUCCAUACACAACACCCAGCAGGGUCUCCACAAUUAUGGCACCACGACGCACGGAGGUCACGACAAGAUGCUGAACUUCGACGCACACCACACCGCCUCCAUGCUGGCCAGAGGGGACCAACACCAGCACCGAGGCCUCGGUGGCCCGGCGGCCGGGAUGAUGCCGCACCUAAACGGCAUGCACCACCCGGGGCACCCGGCCGCAUCCUCGGCGGGCCACCACCCCCACUCCCACCCCCACCUCCAGUCUCCAUCCCACGGGCCCGUGUUGGCUUCCACCAGGGAAAGACCGCCCUCCUCCUCGGGGACGCAGGGGGUGAACAGCUCGGGGCAGCUGGAGGAAAUCAACACCAAGGAGGUUGCGCAGAGGAUCACGGCGGAGCUGAAGAGGUACAGCAUCCCCCAGGCCAUCUUCGCCCAGAGGGUGCUGUGCCGCUCCCAGGGGACCCUGUCGGACCUCCUGAGGAACCCCAAACCCUGGAGUAAACUAAAGUCAGGCCGGGAGACCUUCAGGAGGAUGUGGAAGUGGCUGCAGGAGCCCGAGUUUCAGAGGAUGUCGGCCCUCAGACUGGCAGCGUGCAAACGGAAGGAGCAGGACACGGCGAAGGAGCGCAACAGCACGCCAAAGAAGUCGCGGCUGGUCUUCACCGACUUGCAGCGCCGCACCCUGCUGGCCAUCUUCAAGGAGAACAAGCGGCCAUCCAAGGAGAUGCAGCUCACCAUCUCGCAGCAGCUGGGCCUCGAACUCACCACGGUCAGCAACUUCUUCAUGAACGCCCGCCGCCGGAGCCUGGACAAAUGGACAGACGACGGAGCCAGCCCCAGCGGCCAAUCUUCAGCGUCCAGCACUUGUACCAAAGCGUGA